CUGCCCCGCCGGUACCACCGGUGGAAGUGGCGGGUGCUGGUUUCGUUCUGCGCCUUCUACCUGUUCGUCUAUACGGGGAGGUUCAAUUUCUGGCCCACGUCGCCCCUGAUCAAGGACGACCUGCAGCUGACGAACAUCGAGAUUGGCAUCAUCAACGCCAUGCUGCUGUGGGGGUUCAUGUUGGGCGACCUGGUGCACGGCAGGUUAUCCGAGGCCUACGGGCUGCGGCUCUGGGUGAUGCUGGGCGCGGUUUUCACCACGGUGUUCAACUGGGCGACAUCCUUCGGCACCUCUGCGAUAACCAUGGCCAUUCCGUGGGCAAUGGCCGGAUUUGUCAACGCGGCGUGCUGGUCGCCGGCCAUCAGCAUGAUCAGCCAGUGGUGGCCUCGCCGGGAGCGCGGCAUCGCCAUGGGCAUCCUGGGCACGGUGACCGGCGGCGCGAUGCUGCUGAUGUGGUGGCUGAGCAGCUGGGUCGCCGCGGAAUGGGGCUGGCGGGCCGCCUUCCGCUACCCGCCGCUGAUGAUCAUGGUCCUCGGCAUCGCCUUUUACUUUCUGACCCGGGACCGGCCGCGGGACGUGGGCCUGCCGGAGUACAUCGAGGAGGACGCGAUUUCCGCCGCGCCGGAGUCGGUGAGCGAGGAGGAACUCAAGGGCCUGGGACCGUACAAGGUCCUGCUGACCAACUCCCGGUUCCAGCUGGCCUGCCACGUCAAGGGGUUGGAGAACGUGGCCCGCUACGGGCUGACCACGUGGGUGCCUCUCUACUACUUCGAGGCUGGCGGGUUGGACAUCACGCAGACGGUGCUGAUCACUUUCCUGCUGCCCCUGGGCUACCUGAUCGCGCCUCCGGUGUCCGGAUUCAUAUCGGACCGGAUGCUGGGCAGCCGGCGCCGCCCGCUGGUGAUCGCUUCGUGCUUCCUGUCCGCCGCCGCGCUGGUGGUGAUUGCCGUUGCCCCGCCGUCCAACGCGUGGCUGGGCGCGGCCCUGAUGCUGUGGGGUGGCAUCAGCAUGGGCGUAUCCCUGAUCUCCACCAUCUCCGUGGACCUGUCGGGCCGCAAGAUGGCCGGCACCGGGGCGGGAGUGCUCGACGCCCACGGCUACCUCUAUGCCGGUGCCCAGGCCCUGCUGUUCAGCGUGCUGCUGGACAUGGCCGGCAGCCCCUGGCCCAUUGUGUUCCUGGUCAUGGCGGCGACGCGGCUGAUCUCCGCCGCGAUGAUAAGCCGGGUGCGGGUGUAG